GUUUCAUUGCGUUAAUCAUUUCUGCGGUUAAUAAUAAUCGGACAUGAACACAUGUAGUUUGGAUAUGUUAUUGUGCGUUAUGAAUUUGUCAUAAUGAAUGAAAAUCAGCUGUGGUUUGUGACGGUUGCAAAAUUCGAAUUUAAACCCAGCGCCUUGGUCUGAGUUUGUAAGCAUGCGCGAUUCAAAAUGUCUACAGUGUAGCGUACGGUACGUUUGUUGAAAUCUGUCUUGUGUCAGUUGAAUAGUGCAAGUUGUUAAACAAUUUAAAUAGUGCUGUAAAUAUAAUAAAAUAUCUAUUUAUUUAUUAUUCCGUAUUUACAAAUAUAUAGUUCACAUAUCUUCCUCGUGAUUUAGUUAUGGAAAUGCCAUCUGGAUAUCUUCAAAUUGGUUUAAGUAUUAACAUAAAAAGAACCGAUGGUCGAAUACAUUCGGCUAUGGUAGCGGCCAUCAACAAUGAUCAGCGUUGUGCCACAGUGGAAUGGUUUGAGCAGGGUGAAACGAAAGGAAAAGAAAUCGACAUGGACGCCAUAGAAUCUCUGAACCCGGAUAUUAUUAUAUUAAAACCCGGUGAAGAAUUGAAAUUCAAUAAAUUACAGAGGAAUCCCACACACAGGCAAAUAGCGGGAAAACCAAACAACGGCGUCUUAAGAUCCGCCAAUCAACCUAGAUUAACCACGCUACCCAAUAACGGCCAUGCUCUGUCAACAACUGCAUCCGAAAACUCUAUACUUUCAAAAGAAUCGAGUAUACCAACUAGUAGAAACACAAACUUACAAAAUACACGACGAAGUAAUGUAGUAAAAGAAGUAGAAAAAUUAAAGAAAAACAGAGAGGAACGACGACAACGACAAGCGGAAGAAAAGGAGGCGAAGGAAGCGUUUUUGAAAAUGGAUCCGGGAAACCCUCAUUGGGAAUUAUUAAAUAUGAUCGCAGAUUGUCGACGCGGUUUGGAGAUCAAACCCCUGUCAGAAAACGAUCCCGUAGAAGAUCAUCAGAUUACAGUUUGCGUCCGGAAAAGGCCGUUGAAUAAAAAGGAAGUGGCGAGGAAAGAAGUCGACGUCAUCACAAUACCAAGCAAAAAUCAACUCAUCGUUCACGAGCCCAAGAACAAAGUAGAUUUAACAAGAUACCUGGAAAACCAGCUGUUUCGAUUCGAUUACGCUUUUGACGAAACAUGCUCGAACGAAUUAGUUUAUCGUUACACCGCCCAGCCACUGAUAAAAACAAUUUUCGAAGGUGGUUUUGCCACGUGUUUCGCUUAUGGGCAAACAGGUUCCGGCAAAACCCACACGAUGGGUGGAGACUUUAACGGCAAGAACCAGGAUUGUCACAAAGGCAUAUAUGCGAUGGUCGCUUCGGAUGUGUUCCGAUUGGCGAAGUCGUCGAAAUAUCGACAUUUAAAUUUAGUCGUUUCGUCUAGUUUCUUUGAAAUAUAUUCGGGCAAAGUAUUCGACUUGCUGAACAAGAAAGCCAAACUCCGAAUAUUAGAGGACGGAAAGCAGCAGGUCCAAGUGGUAGGGUUAACUGAGAAAGUGGUCACCGCGACGGACGAAGUGCUGAAACUCAUUCAGCAAGGCAACCAAGCGCGUACAUCAGGACAAACCUUCGCUAAUCAAAAUUCGUCACGAUCUCACGCGGUAUUUCAGAUUUAUUUGAGGUCCAACAAUACAAUGUCUAAAAUACAUGGGAAAUUCUCACUUAUAGAUUUAGCUGGGAACGAAAGAGGGGCCGAUACAUCAUCGGCAAACCGACAAACGAGAAUGGAAGGUGCUGAAAUCAACAAAUCCCUCUUAGCGUUAAAGGAGUGUAUCAGGGCUUUGGGCCGCAAAGGAGCCCACUUGCCAUUUAGAGUGAGCAAAUUGACGCAAGUCCUUAGGGACUCUUUCGUCGGAUCUAAUUCGAGAACGUGUAUGAUUGCAAUGAUAUCACCCGGUGUCAGCUCCUGUGAGUACAGUCUUAACACUUUACGGUAUGCAGAUAGAGUGAAAGAAUUAGGAGGCGGGGAUCUUCAAACCAACACGGGAUCCGAACCGGAACAGGAAGACGACGGCAAUCUCCUACAAUUACAGUCCCUUAAUGAAGCCGACAUGACGCCCGAGAUGAUAAACUUCCAUCAGGUUAUAUCCGAACUUGAGUUAGCUGAGGAUAACAUGUUGGAUGUUCACAAACAAACGACAGAAAUUAUGUUAAAUUCAUACGAAAAGGCUAUUCAGUUGUUGCAAACAACCGAAGCGGUAACAUACGAUCAAGAAGCUUACUGCAGAAAAUGGGAGGAAAUCAUCAACAACACAGUUCCAGCACUUGAAAAGGCCAGGGAAACCGUAGAUGAUUAUAAAGCAAAAAUGGCUGCCGAGGAACAACUUAGUCGUCAGACGACGAAAAGAAAGUAAAAUAAAAUUAUAUUAUAGCGAUCUACCAUGAUAAUAUUAAAUCGAACCAUGUAUACUAAUUUUUUUAUUUACGUUUGUUAUUUAUUACUUUUUGUACUUGCAGUUGUUAAUUUAUUUUAUUUUCAUUGCAGCCUCUAAAAAUAGGUUAUGUUGCGCUAACUUUAACGCUUUUUUUUUUAAUAAGACUAAUUAAUAUCGACAUUCCUGUGAAUGUAACACAAAAUUAUUUUCCGCAUAACCCGCAUUUAUAUUAUUAAGGUGUGAUUUGAUCUUAUCAUAAAUCCCUCAAAAUUAUUUUUGUUUUAUCUGUUUUAAGAUUUUUAUUUGUUGCCCGUUUUCGGGUGAUAGGUUAUUCGAGAAUUUGAGCUCACUGUGUGUACCUACAACCGAUGGAAAUGUUUUUUUUUUUUCAAAACGCAAGAUACACACAUUGCUCACCAGAGUCAUGUUUCUAUAUUUUAAUUUAACUACCGUACCAAGCGUGGACGCCGUGCUUUUUAUUUUUCUUUAGUAUGAGCGAAUAUGGAAACGUGUGUGGUCCAGCAGAUGGUACUGCAAGAUUAAAAGUUUUUUGUAAAUAUUUUUGUACUUGUAAAUUAGACCCGCGAACAUCAGUUUGGUAAAUAUUUCUUUCAAGAAUUUUUUGAAGUUCCCCGUUUUCAACCCCGAGGACUUCCUUGGUAGAUAUAUUUUUGUUUUCUGAUAUUAGGCUGUGCUAUUCAUAAUUUACUAUCAAAAAAUGCGGGUUCCAUUUUUUUAAUGUUGUUUUGAUACAAGACUUGAGAUCUGCCUGCGUAGAAUUAAUUUUUUUACUAGUUAAAAUAUAUAUAUUUUAAUCAGGUGCACAUCUCCGAAGGUACCCCUCUUUUUAUAAUAUUAUGUUCCUUAAAGUGUUUGUUUUUGAAUAAAAUGUUUCAUUAUGUUAUUUACUAUUGAUUAAUGUUGUAUUUCUAAGAAUUUUAAAGAAUGUAGCCAACAUUAUCUUGUGUAUUUGCGUCGAAUGCGAACCUUUGUAUAAUUAAAAAAAAGGCUUACUUGAAAUUUUCAAUAUAAUUACUGCAAUAAAAAACUGCGAUUG